AUGCCAGUCAGCGGAACUCCGUUAGAUUAUAUGGAUAUUUAUUGCAGUGCCUGGGAGGAUAAUCCAGAUCGACGCCCUACCAUCAAAAUGAUUAUUGAUCUUCUUGAAAAUGUCGCGUUGGAACCAAUAUUUCAAGACACAAAAUUAACCCCAAAUAGCUGCAUGUCAUAUAUGUCAUGGGAUACAAAUGGUUCGUUUGACUUUUCCCAAACGUCUAUGGGUUCUUCCGAUUAUCUAAAAUUUUUCGGUAGAAAAUCUCAGGAAACUUCUGUAAAUUCCUGUAAUAGUAGAUUUAGCAAAAUGAGCAUCGACUGUGACAUAGAACAAGAACCGAUACUUACUUCAAACGAAUCGACAUCUGGAAUCACUCUCGAAGACCUACGAGAAAGG